GGUCCAAGCUGUACCUUAGAACUGCGUUCUGUUUUCUACUUUUAUCUAAAACUUUUUACAGGCUGUGUUCUGAAGGCAUGGAAGAAAAGUACAGUGCACCCCUCCUUUAUAAUAACUUUAGUCUUUUUAGCGUUCUUUGCUGAUACACGACAACAGGUUUUACCAUGUCUCCCUACGCAGUUGAUUCCACCAUCUUCACUCUACACUGGAGGCGUGCUUGGAUGGUUUUUGCCUCCCUUGUAGUAUGCAUGCUACAAGCUGUGCGCAUGAGCGCACCUGUUAGCGUUGCCUUUGUUGACAGUCUUCCCUGUUUACCAAAACAUUGAAGCUUCAAGGACAUGUACCGAGAGACCGGUGUGCAGGUUUAGGCUCCACAAAGCAGGGGGUGGAUUUUAUGCAUGCCCAAAGCUCUGCUACCACAACCUCGUGUGCUCAUGCACGUUUUGUGGAGACUUCCUUGGGCAUGCUCACGAUUCUGACUAAUGGAGCUGGGAGCCUGGGUGUAACUUUCAGGUUUGAAAUGUUCAUGAUCUGCUUUCAUAUUGCGCAUGCCUACUCCUUCCACUUGCCUCUGCGAAGACCUACUGGGGCUUUUGUUGCACAUGUCCAAAAGGUCCCGCUAGUGGCCUUCUUACCUGGUGCGCGUGCUCAGACUAGAGGCGGGUAGGAGCGAAGUGGCCUAACCUCACGCAUGCUCAGAGACUUUCUCAAGCCUGACAGUUGAAGAGCGGUGUUAGCUGUGGAGAACCAGGCAGGAUGCUGAUGUUGAUGCUAGCAGCAGUGGCCACGGUGGUCAGGGCUCAAACAGUGUGCCGGUUUCGGACAGUGAGGACUGGGAAAGUGUUUGCGAACCCUGUAACACUUGAAGGGGAUCUGCUGUUCUACGCCUUCUCCAACACAGUUGUGGUCAAGAACGUAUGCAAGACUGACAUUGCCGUGUAUCUAGGGCAGAGGGUUUUCAUAACGAAAAACCGCUUUGAGGCUAGCAUCUUACCGCUCACCAUUCCGAAGUCAAUGGAGGUGAAAAUGCCAUCAAUCACGAGUGCCCACUUUGUUUCCGAUGCAAUGAUUCUGUUUGUGAUCGAUGGAAAAGUCUACAGUUACAACUUUAUUGAGGACAUCUGGAGAACAGUGAACGGUAUAACAGAACCUGUCUCUCACAUUAGUGGUGACCCUUGUUGUUUUGAAGGCUACUUUUGCCUGGAGUUAUCAAAUAACCUGUUUGCAUAUUUCCGUGGUGGCCAAAUGCCUGGGACCAACAUAUAUUUCUCCAACAAUGGAGGAUUCUCAUUCGAGCUCCUGAACAGUGACAGAAUGAGUCACCUUAAAGGGUUACUAGGAGGCAUCUUCCAUUUCCAUUCUUUGUCUCAGGUGGGGAUACUCUUGGUUGAAAACAACUUGGGCACAUUUCACUACCUGGAGUACCCCCUGAACCAUAGUACCGGGGUACCCUUUUUAUAUGAGAGUCCCCUUGAAGUCAUCAUCAAACCACAGCAGAGAGGGUUUCUGAUCCUCUGGAAUCAGAAAACUUUAUUGGUGUCCUCCAAUUCAGGCCAGAUCGUAGAAGCCAUGCAGUUGAUGGAAGAAGGGAACAUCAACGACUUAAAUGUUGAGCAUGCCAAACUCACCAUUCACAGCAUUGCCUCGAAUACUUACGAGCUGGCUUUUUUGGUAGAACAAGAUCAACUGUACUAUGGAAGUCAGAGUUACAUGGGAAACUACAUAAUCAAACUGUCCAAUCAACAAUUCUGGUCUGAAGAGGCAAGUGUGCAUUUCUGGGACGUCGGCAUGCUGGAGGUCCUCACCCCCGUUUCUGACCCAUAUUUCCCAGCGUUUGACUUCAAGAAGUGCCUGGUGAACGUGCAGCUCGCUCUCAUGGACCAGAGCCUGCAACUCGAGCCAUGUAAUGUGGAAUUUCUGGAGAGCACCAUGGAAGAUAGAAUGUUCAUAAUAGACAUGAACAGCAAGCUAAAGCUGUCUGCCCUCAUGGUACCCCGGAAGGGCAUGAACCCCACCCCACUGGUCAUGGUCAGCAAUCCCCAUGCCCUGGGGUUUAAGGCAAACCUCACUCAGUUUGGCAACAUGUAUGAUGGCAACUCUAAGUUCAAACUGGAUAUUGAACUCCAACAGCAGCAGCACUGGGGCAACUCAGAGUUGAACUUCACUGCCAGCAUCAAGCACGAAGCCAUCUCCUCCAUAACCGUGGACAUAGCUGACAAGACACUUUCGUGUGUGGACCUAAAGCCUCUGUCCACGCUCAUCUCAGUUGGCUGUGACUUGACAAAGAAAGUUAUUGUGCAAAACAAAAUCUCUGCCUGUGCCAUGGGGAUCCUCGACCCGGUGCUGCUGCAGAAGAACUAUAGUUACACCAUUGAGAAGGAAGCGUACAACCCAACCAGCUACAGUGGUGAAGCCCAGGAUGACCUGAUAGUAUUUUACCAGUACAAGGAACUGGGCUGUCCCCGCUUAGUCUACUACGACAAGCCGUGGAAACCUGUGGUGGAACUGUGGAAGGAUGGGACUCUAGAAGAAAUCAUGAACGCAGAAUAUGUCAUCUUGGAGUUGAAUGGAAUAGUCACCUAUUCAUACUCCUUGACGGCUGCCACUGCCCACUGCCGAUCACAGCCUCAGAACUGGAGCAUCUUUAAAGAAGACGCAGAGAAGCCGUCCCUCUGGAACAGAGAGACCUAUGUCAGCUGCCAUGAGGACAACCAGGACAACCCCCUGCUAUGGCCAAAUGUCGAGUAUCAGAUCUUAGGUGGCAGGACAGACAACAAGAUUAUUUUUGGCCAAAGAAAUGGAAUCUAUACCUUCUAUCUGACUGUGGUGGAUCCAUACUACAGAGGACGCUUGUGGAGCUGCCUACCAGUGGAGACUUUGCCUGCUCUUCCUACUCCUGCUUCCUGUUCCCCUGACACCUGGCACUUCUUGCCCUCACUAAAAACUCCCUCCCCUCGCUGAGGCUCUCUGUCCUCUCUGUGACUGACCACAACAGGCAGCUUCAGCACUGGGCUUUGCCCUUCCCCCACCUUUUCCCUCCUCUUGGUAAAGCUGAAGACCUGUUACUGUGUGUUUCUUUCUAACUCUGAUGAAAUUGUCCUUAGUAUUCCCUGGACAAAAUCCCCAAACCAAAGCAAGCAAGCAAACCAACCUUAACACCCUCACACAAAGAGAUCUGCUGUGUGUUGAAAGGAUGAGAGCUGCCACCCAAGACCUGGGUUUACAACCUGACAGACUGUGCCCACUGUGCCCUGCAGCUAUUGCGACCUGAACACCAUAUUCAGUGUGUAUGUAUAUGGAGCCUUACCUGUGGCAGAGUUCCGACCAAUGACCAGCAUCCUCCUGAUGGUCACCGUGACACUGUUUACUAUGUGGCUGGCCUAUGCCAUUCCCAAGCAGCUGAGGACAGAGAGGGGCCGGCGACUUACAGGUUUCUGUUUCCAGAUAUUCAAGUACUGCCCAGGGAUCUGCACCUGUGCUUGGCUUCGGGGCAAAAUGAGAAGGGGGCUGCGCUCCAGAAGGGUGAAGGACCAGCCAGAGAAAAUCCCACAGAUAGGCAAGAAGCCAGACAUCAAGAAAUAGCCAAAGACACAGGGGCGGCCCUAGACUCAAAGUGAGCCCCAGUGAGGGGCCUUUCUCUUCCAUGUGUGUCCUUGUUGGCGCUUGUUCCAAUAAAUUGUUAACAACAAA